CGGCGCGCCUCCCCCUCCACCGUUUUCUUUUGUCCAGCUCUUCGCCGCUUCGUCCCGUCGAUAGCCACAGUAUUCCUCCCUCUCCCGGCUCUGGACAAAGUUGCUUGUUGCAGCGCGUAUUCCAAAUUGCGCUGUCUCAUUGCACUCCGUCCGCCUCGAGUGCUUCUUCACCACUGGCGAGGGGCAUUGGCUGCCCGCGUCCCCGUCCUCCGCACCGCGUUGCACCGUGAGCUCUUCCUCAUAAAGAGGGUCAAUUCCGCACUCGCACGACCUCGCUCUCCCUCGGGACUGUCCAAGACAUCUUCGGGCGAGACCCUCCAUCGCACGAGUGCGUACAGCCCGCAACGUGGUCUGCCUCGCCCUUGCAGCCCUUGCUCGCCUGCGGCGCUCGAGACACCUUUCCCCAUCGCGCCAACGAGGCAGGUGGUGGUGGUGGUGCUCGCAUCGUUGGGCAUUACUGCGCCUGCUCCUCACUUACACCUUGCCUUGCAUGCCGUGUUGGCACUGCUCAGAGCGCCACACAUACGCCAGACGAUCCGACAUUGCUCGUCUUGCUUGGGGCCCCAACAAGACAGAAUCUCCCGCCCACGAGACUUGACGAGAUACUACAGCGUCUCUCUCUCUCGAUCUCACUCUCUUACACAUAUCGUCUGCCAGUCCUUCGUUGCUGCAGAAAACACCACGCGAGCACUCUCGACACACGUUCGUCGCCUGCGACACACUUGUGCUGGCCAGGCCAGGCACGGUUGGAUCCUUUUCCUUGUUAGUCUCACCCUGCAGGUGCCUGCACAAACACCACCACAAAGGCCUUCUCGGGUCAAGCCCGUUUGGGCAACAAAGACAUACAGCAGGGAGUUUGCAACGCCACUACAAGGGACACGAGCCCCAAUAAAUCCAAAAGCCUCCAACCAUGGUAUCCCCAAAAUCCUCGUCAGUUCGACAAAAGCGUCGGACGGGUCUGCCCAGACCAUCUUUUCGGGACGACACGGCCCUCGUGGCUCUCCGAUACGAGAAGACGAAGCCAGCGGAACCACCGAUCUUAUUGCCUUCGGUCCGCAGCCCCCGCCGUGCUGCCAGUGUCGCCAGCUCUUUGCGCUCGACGAUCACGACCCGAUCCGCCUCGUCCGCCUCGUCAAGAUCUCACGGCCCUGUCGUCGUCGUGCCGCCGGGCUACCUGCCCCCCAUCGCACCGCCCACGGAGCAGCAUCCCGCCUUCAGGACAUCCGCGCCCGUCACCGCACGCGUUCUUGACGACUGGAAACGAGACUCGGGCCUCGCCGCAACGCCUACAUCGUUUGCAAUCCCAGAGGAGUGCGAAGACGACGCCGGCUCGGACAUGGAGCUCCAUAGCAAACUGCAGGCCCUUGCAAGUUCCGGUGGCGCGGCAGCUCCAGCACGACAAGCUGAGAAUCGGCUAGUAGUGGUGGAGGGCCGAGCGUUGGACGCUUCACCGUUCGUGAACAAGACGAUGGCCGAGUACGAGCGCGGCGCGGGUGCUGCGACGCUGGCGCCCGAUGCAAAAGGGCCGCCACCCUCGCCCCCUUUGUCUGCCUCCAACCUCUCUCCGCCACUGACCGCGCGCUCUCACGAUACCGUACAGACGGCCUCUCCCAAAAAGCUGGUCAAGCGGAACAAGUCGUGCUCUCCCGCUGCUCAAGACAAGAGACUGGGUCACGAUUGUCCCUCAGCGGCGAGUCAGAUUGCGCCAAUGCAGCCACAAGCCUUGCGGGGCGCUGGGGCCCCAGCCUCCGCCAGCCAGCAGCAGGGGCCACAGUGCCUGCAUUCACCAACUGACGACACGACGCCCAGAUCCCGAUUCCACAAUCCCUUUUCCCCGGGCUCCUCGCCGCCACCAGCCCACUCCGACGCCGAAUUCACCCCCUUAGCAAUCUCCAUACCCACCGAUAGCCUCAUUGAUGAUGACUUCAUGGCCGGCAUCUCCUUCACGAAGCGCGGCAGCAUGAUGUUUGCCUCGAGGCCCGCGGCGGCGCUCGACGGCGCGAACGACGGAAGCCCGACGGACGCGACCACGCCGACCUCGUCUUCGAGCGAGUUGAGCGCCGUGAAGCCCAUUUCAGGGGUCAGAACCGCCGACACGAUGACGAGCGAUGCGCCUGCCCCUCCCGACAUUCGGGUCCUGUCGCCGGACGUCGAGAAGGAGUCUCAAAAGGUGAGGUCGCUCUAUGAAAACGGCGACGGCAUCAAGUGGGAAGACGGCGGAAGACACUCGUUCUGCGAGCGUCUCGAGCCCACGCCCGAGAUUCCCGCGGAAGAGGCGGCGAAUGAACCGGACCCGUCACGUCUGGGCACAAGCGUUGGAACCUCAACAUCUGCAAGGUCUUUUUCUCAGCCGCAGCGAGAUGGAUCUGUGCGUGAUAUAGAUCUGGCCGAGGCGUUCGACGAUCUGGAGGAGCCGGGAGCCGUCUACGUCGACCGAUACGGUUUCAUCAGCCCGGCACGGCCGGUAUCCAGAAUCAGCACUCCGACCGAGCUUAGAUCGGCGCAGUUCUCCCCUAGGAGGAGGAACAUGCUCCAGAAGAGAGACCCAAUGGGCUUUUCCCUGCAUGCCGGAGGCGCUCGCAUACCGAGCAGGAAAGUCUCUGCGCGCUCUCUGAACACGCAAAACUCGGAAAUCUCGGUCGCCUCGGUGCGAUCGUCACGAUCGGUCAUCCGUCAAGCCGGCAACCUCCUGCCGCACAACCGCAACCGGCGCUGGAUGGAUGAAGCCGGCGGCAUGUUGACCGUUUCGCCCAGCUUGCAGGACACGGUUGAGGCGGCGGAAGUGGAGAAGAUCUCGGAAGCACUGAAGCGAAAGGAGUGGGAACGGUCGGAGAAGUGGCGCAAGAUGGCCAAGGUCUCCAAGAGCGGCGACCAAGGCCGAGGCACGGAAUUCGAGUUCGACCUUGACAACCCCAAGCUAAUCGAGAGGACAUGGAAGGGAAUCCCGGACCGGUGGAGGGCCGCCGCCUGGUGGUCCUUCCUCGCCACGGCCGCAAAGCAGACCGAGGGCGCGGCCACAUCCGACGACAUCAUUGCCCACUUUUACCGUCUCCAAUUCAAGAGCUCCCCCGACGACGUGCAGAUCGACCUGGACGUUCCCCGGACCAUCAGCCGACACAUCAUGUUUCAGCGGAGAUACCGAGGCGGCCAGCGUCUUUUGUUUCGCGUCCUCCACGCGCUGUCCAUUUACUUCCCGGAGACUGGCUAUGUUCAAGGCAUGGCGUCGCUGGCGGCGACACUGCUCUGCUAUUUCGACGAGGAGCAUAGUUUCGUGAUGCUGGUGAGGAUGUGGGAGCUCCGGGGCCUGGACCAGCUCUACCGUCCAGGCUUCGAGGGCUUGAUGGCCGCGCUGCGCGAGUUUGAGACAGCUUGGCUUAACAAGGACGUGGCAACCAAGCUGUCCGACCUUUGCGUAGAUGGCACGGCGUACGGAACGCGAUGGUAUCUGACACUAUUCAACCUGUCCAUUCCUUUCCCCGCACAGCUUCGAGUGUGGGAUGUGUUCCUCCUGCUGGGCACCGGGCCCAAGGCGGGAGUCGAACCGACGGCUACAGGAACGACAGCAGGCGGCAAGCCGCCCCCGAUAGCCACAGGGCUAGACGUCCUUCACGCCACGAGUGCCGCUCUCAUCCAAGCUCUCCGCGAGGUGCUGCUCGACUCGGAUUUCGAAAACGCCAUGAAGGCCCUGACAUCGUGGAUACCCGUCAAAGACGAGGAUCUUCUGAUGAAGGUGACCAAGGCGGAGUGGAAGACACGACAGAGCAAAAAGAAGACGUAGCAAGCUUGCUUGCCGCUGUGGUCUCUUUAACAUAUCCGCUUGUACACGACCAACCAUGAGGAAUGCUACUUCGACUUAUAUCAGGACUGCGACGGCGACGGGAUACUUUACUUCUCUGGGCUACUUUGGUUCGGCACGGGGUCUCUUCGGCUUCACCCAAGCACUAUUUCUCUGUGCUUUCCUUCCCUUUCUUUGAUUCCCCUACGACUCUUCAGUUAACCGAUACCCGAUUUACGCGCGGACAAAAACGCGUAGCGCGCACUCCUUUUUCCUUUAUCUUCUUUCCCCCAAUGGUUUUAGAUGGACGGGCAGGCAGGACCAGUAGAUGGAUGCAUGGGUCAUCCUGUCGCGUCGGUUUCCCUUUUCUCAAGACGGAGCGGGAUGGUAAUUCCUCGCCCUUUGCGUAUACCCCUUUCACAAUACCAUGACGUUAUAUUGCAUGUUUACCUCGAUAUUCUUAGUAUGAUAGCCUAAUCGCUCUUAUCGAGCCGCGGCCCUGUGGCCGGGCAAGGGAUAGGAACAUCAAUGUUCAACAUGUCGAGAAACCAGACCGAACCGGCCCUGCCUUGUGCGAAAGGGACGCAUCAUCCCCUGAAUGGUGUUGUACCGUGACAUUUCCAACAUGGAGUUUACAUUACGAAGGAGCUGCGGAGACUCUUGGCCGCAUAUCAAGUCGUGGAAUCGCCUUAUGACGAAGAACACCGACCCAACCGCCAUACGGACCGUGGAAUGGUUGACCGAGGGGCCGGCGCAUGGCAGCACCGACCUGAUGACCUGAUGGAGUCGGAUGAGGUAUGGCGGCCCAGCACCAGGGCGCGUGCACUCGCACGCCCAUGCGCACGGAAGGCUCAAGGUACGUGCCUCAUGGUCAGUAUCUUGAUGGAGCGACGAGGCCUGGCUACGCACAUACGACUGCGCGCGCGCUGCUCGAGCAGCCGGCCAGCGCAAGACGGCACGAGCCUGCCAAGGUCGCAAUACUAGGCGAAGGACGUGGCAUGGAAUGCUUCUCGGCGCAGGCGAUUGGACAAUGCAUACUUCAACGGAGGUGCUUGGCGUCCCGGAGGCGAAGAGGGGGCACAGAUGGCAGGGGGGAGGAAGAGCAGGAGGGACUGGCCUGGUCCAUGCGCCGCCGCCGCCGCCGCCGCCGCCGUCGUCGUCGUCGGCGAGAAACGGAAGCUGAAGCUGAGGGAUAGGGCUGGUACAGCACUCGUGUGAUGGGGCUCUCUGUGCUGUUUGAGUUGGUUCGCUUUGUUUUGAGAGGGAGGCUGGGGGGAUCAGCAACAACAACAACAGCAGCCGCAACAGCAACAGCAACAGCAACAGCAUCACGAGGAGGUGCUUUGCCCUCGUGCGUUCGUGGGGGCGGGACGGGAGAGCCCACGCACGCACGCACGGGCUGUGCACAUGCGUGUGUGUCAUUCAUUACUGGGCUGAGGAUCAUUAGGGUGACGCUGGGCUGAGAGACGCCGCACGCUGAUGCAUACCGAAUACAGUAAGUAAUAAACCGUGGUCCACGGCCCAUGCAAGUUGGGAUUGCAAGGGACGCCGCCACCACCACCACUACCACCGCGGCAGCAGCAGCAGUAGCAGCACCACCAACAACCACAACACACUUUCGUAAGACGUAACCAUCACCAACAGCAGCAACAGCAACAACGACAACAACACCGCCGCCGCCGCCGCCGCCGCCGGCCAUCAUCAUGUCAUCGGCC